AAUCCCUAGAUUGGUGGUAGUUAAGCUAGCAAAACACCAAGAACCCUAAAAAUUGAAGCUUUUUGAGAAGGGUAUCUUCAAGUUCAGAUCUUCAUCAUCAAAAGGAGGAAGAUCAAAGUGAAGAAAGAAGAAAGAAGAAAGAAGAAAAAAGAAAAAAGAAUGAAGAAGAAUAUGAUGGGUGUUUUGAUUGGAAUAAUUGGUGCAACCCUAACCCUAUUUGCUUACUCACAAACCUUCAUAUCACCAAGUCAAUGCAUCACACUUGGCCUAAUUGUCCUCAUGUUGGGUUUGCUUGUAGGAGAAGGUCUCAUAUCUUUCUAAGUCUUCUUUUCUUCUCUUUCAGAUCAAACAUGGAAUAUUAAGUGUUGUUUUAAUUGUUCUCUAAUUAUAAAUAAAAUGAUAUCGAUAUAUAGGGUAUCUUAAAUGUUGCUUUUCUA